CUCGAGAAGCCUCGGAGGCACGCCCGGCGGCCGCGGGUGGGCCCGCGCGCGCGCUCCGCGGGCCUGGCGCGCCGGCGGCGGACCGACAUAGCAUCCCAGGGCCUGCAGGCCACUGCCGCCGGCCCCCAUCGGGUGGCUGCCCUUCGGAGGUCCCACAGGGGCCGUGGGGCCGGCGGAGUUCGCCCCCGCGGCGACGGACGCCUUGCUGACGCAGGAGACCCCUUUCGAUGUGGACGGCCAGCCGCUUUGCGGACGGCCGCCGCCGGCUCCGCGGCCACGGCCAGACGGUCGUGGCGCUGCUGCUGCUGGCGGUCGGCCGGCCUGCGAGGGCGCAGAUCUACCAGCUAGAGCAGGAGCCCGUGCCGGAGGGCAAGUCGUUACGGACGAUGUACGCGUUCUACGUCUAUUCCCACCACGACGCCCCAGAGAAGACGCUGGGGCAGCCCUUUGUCAAGUUCCACAGCCUGGUCAGCCACUCCUCGAACCCGAAGGUGAGCAACGACGAAAUGCGGGGCUACGAGGGCAUCCAGAUGAGCAUCUUGCCUUUCACUGAGUUCAAGAAUAUCAUCGACAUGAGCGCCUUUUGCUCCACAGAUGAUGACGUUAAGCAGGGGCUCAUCGCCAAAAAAGAUCAGAUUAUUGUGCGGUUGCCUGAGAAUAUCAAGGACCCGAGCGACCUGAAUGUCUACGUACACACUGUUAUGUUCGGGGAGGAGCACCCGAAGGACGUGCAAGUCCCGGUUCGUAUGACUGGCGUGUAUAUUUUUGUAUGGUCCAAUUGCGGAGAUUUCCAAGAUGCAACCGUCAGCGGAAGCGUGGUAGUGAAGAACGCUUAUGGCUUCCUGCCGGGCAACGAGUAUCACAAGUUGCCGUUCUACGGGUGGCUCUCGUUCAUCUACAUCUUACUCGCAUUGCUAUGGAUGGGGCUGUGCAUGUACCAGUGGCGUCAGCUAUUCCACAUUCAUUAUUGCGUUGCCGCUGUGAUUUUCCUGGGGCUACUUGAAGGGUUCAUGUGGUGGAUCUUCUUCAACGACUGGAACCACUCUGGGCUCCGUGGGAGGUUCCUCUUCAGCGUGGCAAUCCUGUCCUCCACGGUGAAGUCUGUCUUCUCGUACAUGCUGGUUCUAGUCGCUUCGCUGGGGUGGGGCGUAACGCGGCCGUAUCUGGACCACAAGACGCUCCUGAAGGUCCAGGCCACGUCGGGCGGGUACAUUGUCUUGGAUUUCAUACGUGGAGCUGUGCUUUCCUUUCGGCACAGCCACUCCCUGCCAAUGUCGUUUGUGCUGCUGUGCCUCCUGCCCGUCGCGCUCCUGAACGGCGGCAUCUUCUACUGGAUCUUCACCGCGCUGUCGAGUCUGAUGGAGACGCUGAAGGAGCGGCGCCAGGCGGAGAAGCUGGCUCUGUUCGAGAAGCUCUGGAGGAUCCUGGUCGCGGCCCUGCUGAUCGCGUCCUGCACGCUCAUCUUCCUCAUGUGCGACCUGUCCCGCAGCAUCAGCAUCCGGUGGCACUACCAGUGGUUCCUGACGGACGGCGUGUCGCACAUACUCUUCCUCCUGGUGCUGAUGGCCAUGAUGUACCUCUGGGCCCCGCACUCGAACAGCCAGAGGUACGCCUACUCGCACCCGGGGAAGGCCAGGGGCGGCGACGGGAAGGAGUCGGGCAAGGACGAGUGGGCCGCGGAGGACGGGUCGCCAGGCGCGGACGACGAGUCGUUUUGGGACGCGACGCACACGGAGGCCCCGAAGGCCCUGAAGGCGGUGCAGGGCUCCGCCUCCACAAGCGAGGCCGCGUGAGCCGGGCGCGCGCGGGCGCGCGGCCGCGUGAGCCGGGCGCGCGGCCGCACGGCGGUGGUUGUCCCGCUCGGCGCAAUCGAAA